ACCUGACACCAUCAUCAGUAAUAUCUUGGUUGCUAGUGUAGUACGCAUCUCAUCACCAUCACCUCGUGGCUUAGCUACCAGUCUCACCAUUACUUGACGUAUUUUUCACCACAAAGACAAACUGGGGCAUUUGUCAAGUUGACAACGUGUUUUGAAUCGUUGAGACCUGACGAAUAUCGGUGCGAUUUAAAAGACGCUUCUCCCAGGAUUACAAAAAACCUAGACACAAUCAUCUCCCUUCAAAUACUGAAAUCUGACGAUACAUCUCUUCCCUAGUACUAAAUUCUUACGACACAUCUCUCCAAAUACUAAAAUCUGACGACACAUCUCUUCUACAAUACUAAAAUAUAACGACACAUCUCAACAUUAAAAUCUGACGACACAUAUCCCUCCUAAUACUAAUAUCUGAAACAUCCCAUCAUAACUACGAACUAAGUACUGUACAGUACUUAUCUCCCGACUUCACCAUGACUUACUAACGCAUGCCUCAGCAUCACCGGGUCCUGACGACACAUCUCAGCAUUACUCGGUCACACUCGAAAGCCGGGAAUAGCGCACAGUGUCCGUCACCAGUAACGAUGACGAGGUACACGGUGGUAGUGUUGUGGGCUGUCAUGCUCCUGGUCGACACGGCUCACACACGUAAAACAUCAAUGCUAAAGUAGUAGAAACCUCACGUCCAGGCUUCAGGGCUGGCAAGAUGUUCUCUCAAAACUCUAGCAACAUGAGAAGAAGCUACAGCAAAACUUCACAAAGAUUACAGCUGAGUAACCUCACGAAGGUGACGGAGCACCUCACUGCUGAGAAGCAGCAUUUCCUGGCCAAGGGUCACUUAGCACCAGACUCGGACUUUGUGCUGGAGCCAGAGCAAGAUGCCACUUACUACUACUCCAACGUCGUUCCUCAGUGGCAAUCAGUCAACAAUGGUAACUGGAAGAGGUUGGAAUAUGCUGUGCGGGAGUUGGCUGAGAGUCGUGGUGUUACACUGGAUGUGUGGACAGGUACACAUGGGUUGCUGGAGCUGCCCAAUCAGCACAGUGAACCUAUCAAGGUUUUCCUUGGCGUUUCUUCUGGGAGGGAGGUGUUACCCAUCCCUGCUCUCAUGUGGAAGGUGAUCCACGACCCCACCACACACACUGCUGUGGCCAUAGUCGAAGUGAAUGAUGUCAGAGGUAAGGGAACUUCUGACUCUUGGAGCCUACUUGAACCUCCUUGCCCUGAUGUAUGCCAUCAGCUACCAUGGAUUGAUUGGGACACUUCUAACUUUAGAUAUGGUAGGACUUUCUGCUGUAGUGUGGAUUCCCUUAAAACAACCAUUGCUGAACUCCCAUCACUUGGUUAUGUCAGUCUUCUUCAACAAUAGUUACUUGGGCUGAAAAGCAGUGGCAUAUAUUGCUACUGCCCUCAACUCUCUGAACCCAAUGAAACCAGUUCACGAGGACAUAAGUACUGUACUUAGAAACUAAUUCAAGCCCAUAGUCAUGGGGGUAAGCCUGCAACAGAACAGAUUUCUGCCAGAGUAAUGUAAUAAUAUUGGCCAAAAAAUAAGUCCUACAGAUGGCCUCAAAAAGUUUCUGAAAUUGGCCUAAUUUCAAAAUUUUCUCUGGGGGCUAUGCUCACUCCUUGCUUACUCUGCUUCAAGUCUUGCCCCCAUUGACCCUUUCCACAAACUUAUAUAGUACACCACUGCUGAGUAGUGCUAAUGCUCAUCUUAGUGUUAAAUGUUACCACUUCCUAUUAUACAUUAUAUUUAAUCUUUCUUGUCAAGGCUGAGUAGAGGGAUGCAAAUUUGUCUGUAAGCUUGUAAGGUUAACACAUCCACCAGCUUUUGAAGGAAAUUCACACCACUUGGUACAAAUGGUAUAUGUGCAUAUGCUAAAAUAAUUCUGCUGUGACAAAUCUGUAUGUGUCCAGCCCACUGUUGUUCCUCUGUCUGCCCCAACUGAGGGAAUAUAGUUUGUGUAAUCAACUCAUGCAAUUUUCAGUGGAUUGAACUAAAACUUUGCUUAUUUGUUAUAUGGAUAUUGUAGAUAGAUAAUAAUUCUCAGAAGUUACCACAAUUAGAACUUCAUUUUUUCAUCAGCAGUGCCAAGUGCAGUAAUUAUUUUCUGGUGUCAGUUUCACUUACAGUUGUCAACGACUCGUGCCAUUUUGACUUUCAUAGUUUAAUUUUUACAAUAGUUGCCAUGUUUUAAAUUUUGAAUUGUGGCAUCACUUAUUAGUUGUGAUAAGUGUGCCUUGCCUGUUACUGUACAGUAUUUGGAUAUUUUGUGAAAGAUUCAAACUAGUGGUGUGAUUAUACUAUACGUACAGGUGUUGACCGCUAUACGAUGGAUCCAAAUACAUACUGUACUGUACGGUCGACAGUUGAACGAUGUUAAAAAAAUAACACCAUUUACUUCUAUGCAAUGACUAAGAUCAAUUUUACAAUUAUUGCUAUGCAAAUGCUUUUCCUACAUUGUCACUGCUAUGAAAAAGUGAUGUGCACUAACUAGCAAUAUUCCAAGAUAUGAUGAUGUAACCUCGGAAUGACGUAACACGUGCUACCCACAUGGGAUGCACGGGAGGCUCUGCACGUCCCCAGUGACAUAUAAACUCUUCAGGGCUUUCAGCAGUUGACAAUGAUGCAAAAAAUGAUAGUAUGAGCAAAACCUUUGUACUGUACUGUACUGUACAAUAUACAGUAACUAAUAUUUAAGGUUACUUUAAUGAUGAUGAUUUAACCUACAGAUAACUGAGUCUAUUGUAUAAAGAAAAUACUAAAGCAGUGAGUCCCUG